CUAUGGUUAGCCACUUUUCUCCAUGGUUACAGAACGUGUACUUACGUACGUGUUUACGUUUACGUAGCAAUCUUGGUGCGUUUGUUUAACCUUUUAUGCUAAUUGUACAACUUUUUUAAAUAGCCAAAAGAAACCUACUCCAAUUUGUCAGAUUUUUAAAUAACGUUGGGCAACCAGACAUUAACUCUACUGUCUAAUUGUAACUUGAAAUUGCUCGAUGGAGAAAUAUGAAAAACUGGCCAAAAUUGGCGAGGGCUCCUAUGGUGUGGUGUUCAAGUGCAGGAACAAAGAAACGGGCCAGAUAGUUGCCAUCAAGAAGUUUGUGGAGUCUGAAGACGAUCCUGUCAUCAAAAAGAUUGCACAGCGAGAAACGCGCAUGCUUAAGCAGCUAAAACAUGUGAAUUUGGUCAACCUGUUGGAAGUCUUCAGGAGAAAAAGACGGCUCCAUUUGGUGUUUGAGUUCUGCGAACAGACCGUCCUCAAUGAGCUGGACAAACACCCGGAAGGGGUCCCGCAGGCCCAGCUGAAAAGCAUCGUGUGGCAGACUCUGCAAGCUGUGAACUUCUGCCACAAACACAACUGCAUCCACCGUGACGUAAAGCCAGAGAACAUCCUCCUCACUAAAAGCGGCGUCAUCAAGCUGUGUGACUUUGGCUUCGCCCGCAUUCUGACUGGACCAGAGGAUGACUACACAGACUACGUGGCGACCCGCUGGUACCGGGCCCCGGAGCUGCUGGUUGGGGACACUCAGUAUGGACCCCCGGUGGAUGUUUGGGCUGUUGGAUGCGUCUUUGCAGAGCUUCUAAGCGGGAACCCUCUCUGGCCCGGGAAGUCUGACGUUGACCAGCUGUACCUCAUCCGAAAAACUCUCGGUGACUUGAUUCCUCACCACCAACAGAUUUUCCGUUCCAAUGUUUUCUUUUCUGGAGUCAGUAUUCCUGAACCGGACACAAUGGAACCUUUGGAAAGGCGGUUCUGUGGAGCGUCUGCCCAAGCUCUUACGGUCAUGAAGUCCUGCCUGGUGAUGGACCCGUCCCUGCGGCUGUCCUGUGAGGAGCUGCUGGAGCUGCCAUACUUUCAGGAUGAGGCCGGGGCCAACUGGGGCCGUGAAGUGGAGCGCCCUGGGAGGAGGCAUGACAAAGCGUCCCGGCGCAGACAAGCUGGGGUAAAGACGUCUUCAUCAGACUUCAGUGGUGGACAAAGUACUUCGAGUACUUCAGUAAAAGUAUUGAUGCUCAUGGUAAAAUCCUGCUUAACUGCAAGUAAAAGUUGCUCGAUCAAAAGUUUGCCCAAGUUAAAGUACUGAAGUACUCACUUUUGA